AUGAGGAUCCAGGUUGGACAGUUGCUGAUAGCUGCCUGUGCAUUAGUCAUCUUCACCGGAGCUCAAGAUAUAAGCGAGUGUCUGGAGAACCCAAAAAUCUGUGGAGAAAAUAUACAAUGUAGGAACACUCUGGGAGGAUACAAGUGUGUGUGUCACUCUGGCUAUCAGACAAACAAAAACAAAACAGAAUUUUGCCAUAACGAAAAAAAUAAUACAUGUGAAGAUAUAAAUGAGUGCCUGGAGAACAAAAACAUCUGUGGUGCUAAUGCACAUUGCAAUAACACUGUGGGAGAAUACAAGUGUGUGUGUCACUCUGGAUAUCAGACAAAAGGAAACAAAACAGAAUUUUGCCAUAAUGAAACAUAUACUAAAUGUGAAGAUAUAAAUGAGUGUGAUAGAAACACCCACAAAUGUGGCGCUAACACAAAGUGUAAAAACAGAAUUGGAAGCUACCUGUGUCAGUGUGAGCCUGGAUAUCUCAUGGAAAACUUCUCAACUGAAUUCACUCCCACCGAUAAUAAGGGGCAUAUUAAAUGUGAAGAUAUAAAUGAGUGUCAGGAGAACCCAAUCAUCUGUGGUGCUAAUGCACAAUGCAAGAACACUCAGGGAGGAUACAAGUGUGUGUGUGACUCUGGAUAUCAGACAAAAGGAAACAAAACAGAAUUUUGCCAUAAUGAAACAUAUACUAAAUGUGAAGAUAUAAAUAAGUGUCAGGAGAAUCCAAAUAUCUGUGGUGCUAAUGCUGAGUGCAAGAACACUGAUUCCAGCUGUAUUCUUCAGAGGUCCUCUUAUCACCUUCUGGAAUCUUUUUGCCAGAAUAAUAAAACCAAAUUAGAUAUAAAGAACCUCACAAAUUCUGCCUCUGGAAUUCUCAGUGACCCUUCUUGGUCUAAUCUCAGCUCUUCCAAAGUCAGUACUGUGGUAACUGGGCUCCUAGAGACUGUGGAAUUAUCAGUAUUGAACUUAUUUUCAAAAAAUCCCAGCAACUGGAAUUUCAGUACCCCUGAGCUAGAUGGUGCUACCAAGGUGUCCCAUAAAAACUGUUCUUUCGUAACCAUAAAUGUGGGACUCAACAGCAUGCAAGUGUCAUGUGAGCUCCUUCCUAAACCUGAAGAUGGUGCUGCCUUCAUUUCAUACAAGAACCUCAACUCCAGAUUAAGUGGAAGUUUUCUCAAGUUAUCAGAGGACCCUGAGGAUAGCAGUACUGCAGUGGUUAAUUCACAGGUGGUCACUGGAAGCAUCACAAGCCAAACAAGGGAAAGACUUAAAUAUCCAGUCACCUUAUACCUGAAUAAUCUGCAGGCCCCAGACUCCUCUCAGAUAUCCGUGUGUGUGUUCUGGGAUCCUAAACUGAGUGGAUGGUCACAGAGAGGUUGUAACAUCACAUUGUCUAAUGUCUCCCACACUCUCUGCUCCUGUGAUCAUCUCUCCACCUUUGCUGUCAUCAUGGCUCCCUGUCAUAUAAAGGAAGAUCAUGGCCUUCACCACAUCUCACGCAUCGGUCUCAGUGUAUCUCUUCUCUGCCUCUUUCUAUCUCUUGUCACAUUUCUCCUGUGCCGUUCCCUGAGGAGCACUCACACCUCCAUGUUAAUAGCACUGUGUGGUUGCCUCUUUCUGGGGCAGCUGAUCAUAUUGUUUGGCCUACAACAAACUCGUUUUACAAUACUCUGCUCUGUCAUUGCUGGUUGUCUCCACUUCAUUCUCCUCAGUGCUUUCUGCUGGAUGACUCUGGAGAGUGUUCUUCUCUUCCUCACUGUGCGAAACCUGGAAGCAAUGAACUACUUGACAUCCCAACGAUCUCACUUCCCAACUGCCUGCUUCAUUGGGUUUGGGGUUCCUGCAGUCAUAGUCGCCAUCUCAGCAGCAGUUCGUUCUGAAGGAUAUGGUACAGGUAAAAGUUGUUGGCUCAAUCUAAGUGUCAUUUGGAGUUUCCUGGGCCCAGUUUGUGUGUUCAUCACUAUAAAUACCACACUCCUGAUUUUGACAAUCAGGCUACUUCGAGUAAAGCUAGCAUCUCUGAACAAAAAUGUCUCCAGUCUAAAAAACACACGGUUACUGACCUUCAAGGCCCUGGCUCAGUUGUUCAUACUUGGAUCUACUUGGGUCCUUGGCUUCUUCCAGUGUGGAACUGGGGCCAUUGUGGCAUCGUAUCUGUUCACCAUCUGCAAUAGCCUUCAGGGCGCAUUCAUCUUCCUUGUACACUGUCUGCUCAAUCUCCAGGUAAGGGAGGAAUAUCGCAAAUCUUUCCGUAGGCUGCAUGUUAAGAAGCCAGAAUCAGAGGGUUUAUCAGGCAGCACAGUUCCUUUGACCUUGAAAUCAGCAAGUGUGUAUGAGGUACUGAAGCCAGAAGUGAGUAAGACUGACUGGUGUAAACCUUUGAAUGAAGAUACAAAUUAUUGAAGCAUGGAACUGGGUGCUGAGCAUAAGCUCCUCAGGGCAAAGACUCACACAUAAACAUUUUCUAAAGUUUUGCCUUUAAAUAAUUGUAUAUAAAUACAGUAUGCCUAUUUCUAAUUUGUGGUUUAUUGAGAUCUGUAAAAACCGUGAUAGAAUCCAGCAAUAUCGAUACUUUUCAACAUUCCCUACAUUCAAGUCCUAAUCCUUCCCUAGGAAGACUGCACGGUGUAAGACAGGGUGUAAGUUCCUCAAGGCAAUGACUCUGCAUAUGAACAUUUAUUACCAUUAACAUAUAAAUAACUGUAAAUAGACUAUUCACAUAUGUAAUUUGCUGUAUUUAGAGUUUAUUGAGAUCAGAAGGGUCAGGUUGCCAUUUUCCAUAAGGAAGAAAAGCUGAUGUUAGGCAAAAGUGGUUAUAGAUUCAACUUCCAUAAUUUACACCAUUCCUAUUAAAAGAAAAUCAAUAUUUUUAGACCACAGCUAUGACCACAGACAAGGCCAAGUUAUAUCCAGUCACAUCCAAGAUCUUCCUCAAACCAUUGCCCCCAAUCUGUGCCAGCCAGCAACACCCAAAAUAUUGCCCCCAAUCUGUACCGGUUGUGCCAACAAACAAUGCAUUGCCCCCCAAGUCUGUAUCUGUUGUGCCAACAAACAAUGCAUUGCCCCCCAAGUCGGUACCGGUUGUGCCAACAAACAAUGCAUUGCCCUCCCCCAAGUCUGUACCUGUUGUGCCAAUAAACAAUGCAUUGCCCCUAAGUCAGCAGCAUCACCAAAAUAGCUCCAGCCAAGAUCAGUCUGUACCUCUCUGCUCAGUCAGUGUGUACCUCUCUCUCUGUUCUCCAAUAACACCGCCACCAGCCGCCAGCUUAAGAACAAAGAAUACCGCGCCCGCACCGACCACUGCCUGGCUGAGGGCUCUCUCCAGCGCGACAGGCCAGACCAGCACAGCUCCCUGUGUGGAGUGAUAUCACCACGCGGUGCGCCGCUUCCUACAGCGCAUCCACGUUAGAGAAGAACUGUACGAACUGGAGCAAGAGGGAGAGGGCAGGCUGAGGCUUGCAAACAGAUCCAGGGCAAGUAAAAGGGAGGUGGGAAGCAGAGUGGAACUCUGCUGGGGCAUCGGAGAAUGAACUUUGAAACUUAAAGAAAUACAUUUUAAAAAAAAAAUGUUUUUUAUUUUCCUUUAAAAGUGCACCCCCCUAUGACUGCACCCUAGGCAGGCGCCUACUCUGCCUAUCCCUGGUUCCAGCCCUGUACUCAUUUACAUGCCGGUGAUUUCACUGCCUAACUUAAAAAGGUCCAUUAACUAGGAUAUAUAUAUAAAUCUGGGGGGGCGGUGGAAAGGAUAAGACCAACAGCAGGGGUGUAACUACAGAGGAAGCAGAGGGGGCCCAGGAGGUAUAGGUAUACGUCCCUAAUUAAUCAACAUUUUCAACAUAUUAUGAUAAAAAAGGACAACCUUUUGGAUAUGUUGGGGGCCCUAAAAUUAAUUUACUGUGGGGCCCAAUAACAUCUAGGUACACCGCUGACCAACAGCAUACUACAUAACUGAAAAAUCCAUAACAGAGAAAGAUAUACAGCAAUUAAGAUCAAAGAAUACACUCUAUGCUGUCAGGCAAAUCUAAAUUUAUUACUUAAGCCUUGCAUCAACAAUUCUAUAAUGCUUAAUAAUUGUAUGUUUUAAAAGUGAACUUUAUCCAAAAACCAUAUUUGCAUAGUAAAAGAAAAUGUAAUUUUUAAGCAAUUUCCAGUACAUUAUUGUCACAAAAUCAAAUGAACAAGUUGUCAAAAAUGUUGAAUUAAAACUUUAAACCAAUCAAUGCCUGCACAGCAAAAAGAGUGUUGAAAACCAUUAUAAGACCUGGACUGGCAAAUGCUCAGUAAUUUUUUUCUACUUUAUGCCAGAAUAUAUUUUUUCUAUGGAAAUAUGAAUAACAAUUCAGAAAGAAUAGUUGGCUUGUUGAAUACAAUUGAUGACCUUUUUCAAAUUUAUAUUGCAUUUUACCUCCUUCCAGUCAAAGAAAAACAUUUCAAGAUCCUAAAUAUUUAUUUCUGGCAUCAGUACUUCAGUCUUUGUGUAUACUCAAUCACUACAUUAUUCAAGUUCCUUUUCACCCACUUUUCUUCUAUCCAAAACAGUUAAUGCAAACCUGACACUGUUUUUUGGUUUUGUCUGAAGUUGUUAGAUAAUAAAUGGUUAAUCUGGUUA